GCCAUCCGGAAGCUGCGCAUCAAUCCGACAAAAGUUUCAAAUCACAUCUACAUUAUCGCAAACUCCAACAUCCACAUCCACAUCCUAACUCGCAAUUCACAAUGUCGACAAUAACCUCCCCUCCUAGUCCCUCCGCUCUCACAUCACUCAUCUCCGCUUCCGGUUCCUCAGAUCCCAUCUCCGCCCUCACCACCCAGAUCCUCCACAACCUCAAGCACCAACAUCUCUGGACUUCGCUACAAAUCCACCAACUCCCCAGCACAACAGACCAAGAUGCAUCUAUCCCCUUAAUCUCUGGUAUUCCCCCGAACCGUCUCUACACGCACCCAGACGAGCAGCUCUGGAUGCUCGAAAACAACCUCCGUGACGACGACAUCGGGCCCGAACGCUUCUUCGUCCUUCCCACCACGAGAGGGCAGAAAUUCACACUGCGGAAGCUCGCGGGGGUUUUUGAUUCCCUUCCUGAGGUGGAGGAGGAUGAAAGACCCCUAUUGACCCAGGUGACGGAUGAUCAGAAAACCAAGGAUAAAGCGGAGAAGUUAAGCGCGUAUUAUGAGCGGCGGAAACAGAUGAGCAAGACGCAAGAAUGGGGUGGGAAGAGGUUGCUCUUGGCUAUGGUGGAUAGGGGUGUUGGUGGUGAUGGGACGGUGGUGUACUAUGUCAUCCAGGAGGGAACGGUCAAGCCGAGACAAAACUGAGUAUAUGCUUUGCCAUUGAAACAUCUAUACCUCAGUAUCAGGCAAUCUGAAUCGCGGAUCUUGUGCUCCUGUGCUGAAGCCUUGUCCGGGCCGGCCGUUGAGCGCGAACAGGACGCUUUUGAUCGAGCUACUUACAGGAGCUUUAUCGCUGGACGCGCAUGCUGAAUGGGCCCGGCUAGGGGCUUGACUACGAUAGUAUCCAUCUCGGUCAUGACACAG